UUUGUUUUCGCCAAAACUAACACACAAGCUUUAACAACUUCGCUACACGCCGCACUGCUUUUUCCCCAAUAUCAGCUCCUCUUUCUAUAAACUGCAAAACCCCUUUUAAAUUCUCCAUUCAAAUCCUUCUAUGUUCUCUAUAUAGCACCACUCAGAGCUUCCAAAACCCUAGAAAGUUAACAAUUUCACAAUUUCUGGGUUUUUUAGGGUUUUGGAAAAUUAGUUUUUUUGAAGAAAAGCGUCGUAUAUAUGGAGAGCAGCAUAGGGAAAGAUAGCAACGAACGUGUUCCUUUGUCAGGGGUGGUAGCUGAUUGUGUGAAGCGUUGGUUUAAGGAUACUUUAAGGGAGGCUAAAAGUGGUGAUGUUAAUAUGCAGAUUUUGGUUGGUCAGAUGUAUUAUAGUGGCUAUGGUGUUUCUAAGGAUGCUCAAAAGAGUAAACUUUGGCUGACGAAAGCAUCAAGGGUUAGAUCUUCAGUUUGGAAAGUUGGAGACAAGCGUCCAGGUUAUAAUGCAAGUGAUUCUGACUCUGACGAAUCGGAUGAGGACUCUUAACGAGACUAAAUCUUGUCACAUCCCUCAAUUCUGAAAGGUAUAUGCAUUGUGCGACAUCAUGCUUCUUCAUAGGCACCACAUGGACGUUCUUCCAGUUAUACAUUUGCUUUGUGAUUAGUGUAUUGUUUGCUACAUUUUUUUUAUCAAUCAAUGAAAAAGAAAAGUGACAUUAAUUGACUAUUGAGCAAAUUGUUUGAUGGUAAUUGAGGUUUCUUUUGCGAUUUCCAUGACAUGGCCCCGUAUCAUGCAAAUAGAAUAGGGACGAAUCUAGAAUUAUAGUUUUAUAUGAUUUUGAAAUUUGUCUUAUAUAUCAUUUUAUGUACGCGUUUGUCUAUAAAAUGAUGUAAAACUCUGCAGUUUUAUAGACUCAUUUGUUUGGUUUCA